UCCUGUUGAAUAAAAUUAAUUCGGUUGGAUUAACUGAGUUUUUUGAUGGAACGGUCUGAGCAGGAGCACAUUUACUGGAAUUUCUAGGAAUUUUCUCUUCGGAAAUUCGAAAUUUGAUACAAAAAUCAGGAAAAGUCUAGGGACUUCUUCUGGAGAUGUCACAAAUUCUACAGGAAUUCCCUCAGAAUUUAAAGGAAUUUAAAACUGUUAAAAUUCAUUUUCGUUUAAAAAUUAUUGUAAAUUCCGAAUUUUUCUCAAUUAAAUUCAUAAUUGAAAUUUUUUAAGAACAAAGAAGUAGAAGGACAUUCCCGGAAAAUUCCUCAACAAAUUCCAUCAACUGAGAAGAUAAAAAAUGAAAUGACAGAUAACAAAUAAAUCUCGUCGAAUGCCUUACGAAAAUUCCUCAUUUUAAACACAUAUUUUACAAAACGUAAUGAACUGUAAACUAUCGAGUCCCUGUCAAUGAAAAAUUCUGAAAAAAACAUCACGACGUAAUUGUUUUGACGGAAGUUUAUUAGAUACUCUCCGAGAAUAUCCCCACAUUCCACUUGUUACGAUCUUGAAAAGUAGCUAAUCACCACUGGGCUUAUGUCAUCGCACAUAUUUAGUACUGAAGAGAAUCGGUCAGUCUGUUGCAGAUGAUCGCCUGCAAUUUCAUUAACAUAUCACGUUCAGUCGUAUCUCCUCACUUCGGGGUACGGGAAUUAUGGUGAAUUCCCCUGGUAUGUGUGCGAAGGCGUCCGGAGGCUGUGAGUGACCGUGAAACGGAUGUGUACCAUUCACGGUGGAACACCGGAGAGUCGUAAAAGGAAUAGUCUGUACCGUUCUUCCAGCGAGUGACGAUUCUCGUCGUCAUUGAGCUGACUGCGUUGGAGCAUGUGAUACCAUUUGCGGAGGCCGGAGAUUUUUAAGGGGAAUUCGUGAGGGAGAUACUUCAUCCAGUCGGAUAGUGGUUUUAUUUGGAAACUCUAAUGAGCCGACAUGGCUCAGAACAUUUGCAAUAUUUAAUUAAUUCAAGCAUUUUAAGUCUCGUUAUGAAGUGAAAAACUAAAGAUUUUUAACCAAUUUUUUUAGUCAUUGAGAUUACGAAUUAAAAAAAAAUGUUAUAACUAAAGAACAUAAAUGUAAUUUGAUCGUAUUUUAUUUAUAUAUCACUAUUAGUCCAGAUAUAUUUUAUUUGUUAUGAAAGUCGUAUUAAAAAAAUGAGAAAUUACAAUUUAAAAUAUUUUUUACAAAAACUUCUCAUAAAAUAAUUAAAUUGUAUAUGUUCUGUCAUAUUGUUUGUUGUUUAUUUUCUGUUCUAUUGUUUAUAAAUUACCUACUUGAAUGACUGUUGAAGAAUUAAACAAAUUCAUAUAAAAAACUCGUCUCCGAAACGUCUCAAUAGACUGAAUUGAAUGGAAAACCCAUAGAAAGUACCAAAUAUUUGGUUAUGAAGGAGAUUUAUUUGUAAAACAUAUAAACAAACUAUUAAUUUUGCAAUUAAAAAUCUCCCACCCACAUCAUGACUUCCCCAUAUCCCGCUGGAUGUCCCCACCGUCGAAUUAAUUAGCAAAACACCUAAACAUCAGAAUCCUAACCUCUCUCGUAACCUCCAAAAAUUAUUAAAUUCCCUGUCAACGGAGGAAGAACCUGGUGAUAAUCGUCAUCGACCGCGAUGACGGGAUCGUCCGUCGUAUCCAACAGAGACAGGGAUUGUCUGGCUUGUCGGCUCGUCAGUGGUUCAGGGCUCAUUGGAGCGGGUUUUUACGUGUCCUAUCACUCGAAAAAAUUCAACAGAACCCCCGGGAAGGUCAUCAUGCACUCCAUAGCCGCUGCCCUCGUUCUCCUCGGAUCUGCCAGGAUCUUCAAUCUUCCGCCAUUUCGUCGUGAAUUAUCUCAGCAAUGACUGCAGAAUCCUCGAGUGUCAGGUCACAGCAAGAAGAUUGUUCAGUUACUUAUUAAUUGUUAAUAAAAUCUACAGGUGUAAUAAUCGCUUUACAACAAUUCAAAUCCCAAGUUCCAUAACCAUCCGAUUGUGUCUCUACUGCUCUCAAAAGCGCCUAUUGGACUUUUAAUUAUUUAUUUAAAAAUAAAGGAGCAAUUAACGAAAUAUUCUGAGUGCAGUACAAACGAGUGUUAAGUUAUAACAAAUGACAGAAUUAAUUCAUUUUGUAAAAAGCAUUUACGUGUCCGCGAUCUAUAUGAAUGCGAUUCAGUUGUGUUCAGUUGCUUACAACGCAAUCAGUCUCAUGACACGACAAAUUUAGUCGAAAUAUCCUGGUGAUUCAGGUUUGGAGUGCCUAUAAAAUAAUGUGAAGAGUUGUGGCAUCAUCAGUGUCUUUUUAUCGUCAACGAAGAAUCGUUCAAUUGGUAA